GCUGCUGGGCAGCGGGAACGGGAACGGCACCUCAUCUUCCCUGCACGAUGGAGGUCAGCCACUCGGUGAAGGAGCGCACCAUCGCCGAGAACAGCCUGGUGAUCCUGCUGCAGGGCCUGCACGGCCACGUCACCACUGUGGACAUGCGUGACGAGAGCACGGCCACAGGACGCAUCACCAACGUGGAUGCCUUCAUGAACGUGAGGCUGGCUGAGGUGACUUUCACGGACAGGCAGGGCACAGUGUCCCACCUGGACGAGUUCUUUGUGACCGGCAGGAACGUUCGCUACGUCCACAUCCCCGACGAGGUGGACAUCAGGGCCACCAUUGAGCGGCAGCUGCAGGCCAUCCACAGGAUCCGCUACUUUGGGGGCCGUGAUAAGGGCAGGAAGGAGUUUCCUCGUGCCAAGCACAAGUGAGCCCUUGGCACU